CUCUUAGCGAAGCAGAGCAUAAGAAGCCUCAUUCAGUACUUCAAGCAUUGCGAGAAUAUUACGGCGCAAGUAUUGGAGUCUCGGGCGAACGGCAAAAGUUUCUUUGCUUACUGCAACAAGACGCUGAAUCGAUAAGUUCAUGGGAGUCCCGUAUACGAAAUCAGAGUGCUCAGUGCGAAAACGAGAGUUUUGAAGACGAACUCAUGCGAGACCAGUUCAUAUCAGGCUUAGCAUCAGAACAACUCCGUGAUAAGCUCAUCGGCAAAGGUCACAGACAUAAGGACGGUGAACGAGCAAAG